AUGGCUUUCAUUCGCCCGUUUCGACCAGAGGAUACAGAGGAUGCGAAGCACAUCUGCCGAGCAACCCUCCCCCCCUCCCUCUCCUCCUCCCCCCGCGCAACCUCCAUCUCCCCCUACCUCUGGACCCUCCCCUUCACCCACCUUUUCCCUUCCCACUGCCACAUCCUCGACGACGGCGCCGGACGCGCAGUGGGGUAUGUCAUUGGCACGCCGGAUGUGUUUGCGCUGGCGGCUGAAUACCCGCGUUAUGUGGCUGAGGUGUUGGGGUCCCCGCUGGGGAGGGAGGAGGUUGGUGUGCCGGGGGGGUUGCAGGUGAGGGAGCCUUGGGUUAAGGUUAAGGAGGAUGGUGGGGUAGAGGGAAAGGAAGGGGGGAAGGAGAUGAAUCCGGAGGCGUUGGUGCAGUUGGCGUAUAAGGUGGAGUGGUUGGUUUUGGAGGGGGUGGAAGGGAAGAGGGAGUUGGUGGAGGAGUAUAGGGCGAUGUUGCAUAUUGAUUUGUUGGAGCCGUGGCAGGGGAAAGCGUGGGGGAGGAAGAUGAUUGAGAGGUUUGUGGAGGGGGUGAGGAGGGAAGGGAAGGAGAGGUAUGGGAAGGGGAUUCAGUUGGGGGUUGCUGGGGAAAAUACGAAGGUCGUGGGGUUUUAUGAGAGGUUGGGGUUUAGGGUGUUUCCGGGAGGGGAGAAGGAGGGGAAUGUUUGGAUGGUUAUGGAUUUGUAG